AUGGAGAGCGACAAUGACUGGCAAGACGCAGCCCUCACGACGCGUCACCUUCACAACCGGAACGACCGCGGGGGCCGCGGUCAGAAACGCCACGAGUUCCAAGUGAGCAGCAUGUUUGGCACUCACCUGAUCAAGUGCCCCGCCAUCGACCGGCUGCAGGCAGACAGCGCAGGCGCCGCCGCAGCCACCGGGAGCUCCAACAAGGCCAAGCGGCGCCGCAGCAGCGCCAGCGGCGAGGUGGUCCUGGAGAUCUACAGGCUGACCGAUGACGAGGACGGGCUGCUGGGCUCCCUCACGUCGGCUGGUGUUAUCGACGCCACCGUCGUCUUCGCCGGCAGCAGGAAGCUGCUUUGGAGGAUCUGGAGCCAGCUCGGCGGCACCGGGGCGGCCGACCCUGCCGAGGCUGAGGCCAAGGGGAAGAAGACGGCCGAGCGGACGGCGGGGCUACCCAAUGGCAGGGGAUCCUCCAGCAACAGUCAGCGUGGGGGCCGUGGCAGUGGGAAAGCGUCCCUCAGAGACGAGAGGGGGCAGAGAACAGACAAUGCCCGGGGCGAGGACGACGGCGAGGAUGACGGCGAUGAGGACGGGGACGAGGACGAGGACGAGGAUAACGAUCUGCAGUCCGUCUCCAGCUCCCUCGACUCGGAGGAGCGCCAGCGCCGUCGCACCUCGACCUUUGAAAAGAACUCUUUUCGGCACCCCAAGUUCUGGUUUCGCUGGCAGGGCCAGCUCUCGGACGAGGCCUCGGCAGCGGCAGACCUGGGCGACGGAUGCGAUGUCCACGGCUCAGGCUACAUAGUCUUCUCGGGAAACGACUGUAAGCGCUUCUCAGGCACCAUCACCUCGGAGCAAAUGGCCUGGAACAAUGUCAAGAUGAGCGGGUUCAAAGCCAAGCCACAGCCGGAACGAGACUUUGAGGUGGAGUGGUGA